GUGGGCAAAAUUCAAACAUGGCGGUUAUCCUUCCCGCCCCCGCCAAACCCUUGGUCGUUCCGGAAAGAUCAAUCCUAAGCAAUCCAAGAAAGCUCCUUUUGGAGCAAUGCAAAACCCUCCGAGAGCUUCGCCAAAUCCACGGCCAUCUCAUCAAAUCAGGCCUCCUCUUCCACCUCCCCUUCCUCGCCGAGAACCUACUCGAAUCCUCCGCCCUCCUCCUCCCCAACAACCUCGCCUACGCCCUCAAAGUCUUCGCUCAGAUCCCCACCCCUCGUACUCAAUCCUACAACAUCCUCAUCCGUGCCUUCAUCCUCCACCAUGCCCCAGAGAAUGCCCUGCUCCUUUUUGGCCGGAUGAUCACCAGCUCUGUUUCACCGGACAAGUUCACCUUCUCUUGCGCUCUCAAGGCGUGCUCCCGACUCAAAUCCCUCGCCCAUGGCCGAGAAAUCCAUUCCCUUGUUCUGAAAUCCGGGUUUGAUUCUGUUGACUUUGUGAUCAAUAGUUUGAUCCAUAUGUACGCAACCUGCGGUGAGGUUGGGACUGCACGGGCACUGUUUGAUGAAAUGCCUGUUAAAGGAGUGGUCACUUGGAAUGCUAUGUUCGCUGGGUAUUUCAAAGCUGGGGAUUGGAUGGAUGUUGUUAGUUUGUUCCGAGAGAUGUUGGAGACCAGUGCUGAGUUUGAUCAGGUUACACUUAUCAGUGUUCUUACAGCUUGUGGGAGGUUGGGUGAGUUGAGCUUAGGAGAAUGGAUUAAUCACUAUAUAGAGGAAAAUGGGCUCAAAAGUAACCUGAAUUUAGUCACUUGCCUUGUGGAUAUGUAUGCCAAGUGUGAACGGAUUGAUAAAGCGCGCUCUUUGUUUGAUGAAAUGCCCUUUAAGGAUGUUGUUGCUUGGAGUGCGAUGAUCUCUGGUUAUACACAAUUGAAUCAGUGUAAAGAGGCACUUGAAUUGUUCCAUAGGAUGCAGAUGACAAAUGUUGAUCCAAAUGAAGUUACUAUGGUUAGUGUCCUCUCUGCUUGUGCUGUUUUGGGAGCUCUAGAGACUGGUAAGUGGGUGCAUUCCUAUAUAAGAAGAAAGCAGAUGCAGCUCACGGUCAAUCUUGGCACUGCUCUGAUGGAUUUCUAUGCCAAGUGUGGAUGUAUUGAGAAUUCAGUUGAAGUGUUUGAGAAGAUGCCAGUGAAGAAUUCUUGGUCAUGGACGGUGCUUAUUAAGGGCCUAGCUAGUAAUGGACGUGGUAGGGAGGCUCUCAAGUUCUUUUCGGCAAUGCAAGAAACUAAUGAACAACCUAGUGACGUGACUUUCGUGUGCGUUCUCUCUGCUUGCAGUCAUGCUGGACUGAUCAAGGAGGGGCAGCUGUUUUUUGAUAGUAUGAGUCAAGAAUAUGGGAUUCAACCAAGAAUUGAGCACUAUGGUUGUAUGGUUGAUAUUCUCGGCCGAUCUGGUCUCCUUAACGAGGCAUAUGAUUUUAUUAGGAGAAUGCCAAUAGAACCCAAUGCUGUUAUAUGGAGAACAUUGCUGUCUUCAUGUAAAAUUCACAAAAAUGUUGAAUUUGCAGAAGAAUCAUUGAAGGAACUUGUCAAACUGGACCCUGAGCAUAGUGGGGAUUACAUACUACUAUCAAGCAUAUACGCAUCUGUCGGUCGAUGGGAGGAUGCUGUUAUUGUGAGGAACCAAAUGAAGGAGAAAGGAAUCAAGAAAACACCAGGUUGUAGUCUGAUUGAGAUGGAUGGGAUGAUCCAUGAGUUCUUUGCAGAAGACAGUGCUCAUCCUCUCUCAAAGGAGAUAUACGAGAAGAUCGAGGAAAUGGUCUCAAAGAUCAAGUUAGCCGGCUAUGUGCCAAACGUAGCUGAGGCCAGACUAGACGCAGAAGAAGAUGAGAAAGAAGUCUCUGUUUCACACCAUAGUGAAAAAUUAGCAAUUGCAUUUGGGCUCAUCAAGUCUCAACCUGGUAGUGUCAUCAGAGUGUCGAAGAAUCUCAGGGUGUGCACUGAUUGCCACUUAGCAACUAAGCUAAUCUCUAAGGUGUACCAAAGGGACAUUGUUGUAAGAGAUAGGAAUAGAUUCCAUCAUUUUAGAGAUGGGGAUUGUUCUUGCAAUGACUAUUGGUAACUCAUAGAUUAGCACUUUACUGAGGUUGUUGAUCUAUAUUCAUCUUCUGCAGUGUUGUUGCUUACAUUUCAGAAAUUGAGACAAACCAUAUUGCAUUCUGUAAUGAAAUGUGCCUAAUGCCAAAUGGCUGAAGAGAUUAACAGCUUAAGUUCAUGAUGAAUAGAUAUUAUAUACUGUGAUUUGCCGAA